AUGUCUGGUUUCGUGAACCCCCAAGACUUCAGCAACAUACAACAGGGCGCUUCCUCGUCAAAUACGAAUAUGCCCGACGAUACCCCGAUGGCUCUAUUAGAGCAACUUGUCUAUGUAGACAACUUCAUGAACAACGCUGACCAGAAUGACCUCUCGGCCGAGCCUAAUUUCGACGACCAGCUCAGCGUCGAGCUCGCUGCGUUUGCCGAUGACUCGUUCAUUUUCCCCGACGAGGAAAAACCAAAGUUGAAGAUGGAGUAUUCCAACAGCAACAAUAACGACCAGUUCGACCAUUUCGAGUCCUCUGACCGCGCCCAGGGUUCCAUCCCUUCCACCAUAUCCGAGUUAUUGCAAAGGCCCUACUCGCAGCUUCAAAACGGCCAUGUGUCCGCCCCCUCCGCGCAGAAACCAGAACUGAGUUCUGAGUCCAGUCUCCCCAAAGUGACGGUGCCCCGCGGUGCGCAAAAUACUCUGUCCGCUGCUGGCCUCUCCCAAACACAGAUCGAGGCGCUUGCGACACUCAUAGCCUACCACAAACCCGACAUCAUCCAACGUGAGAACUCAUCUUCAGAGUCGAGCUCAGGAUCUCGCAACGGCUCGGAGUCUGGCGCCCAGGUGUCGUCGUUCGAACCUCUGGAGGCCAGUUCCAGCUCGCACAUCGUGCCCAUGUCGUCGACCGUCUCGCCGGACGUGUAUUCGUCUGAGCCUAAGGAGUACGUGGAAACAGACAAAAGAAGACGCAAUACGGCGGCGUCUGCGCGUUUCAGGAUCAAGAAGAAGCUGAAGGAGCAGGAGAUGGAGAGAAAACUCAAAGAACUUACGGACCUAUCGAGAAACCUCGAACUGAAAAUACAGCAGCUUGAAAUGGAAAACCGACUGCUCCGAAAUCUGGUGGUGGAAAAAGGUAGUCAAAGAGACAGCGAGGAACUGGAGCGAUUGCGCAAGAAGGCGCGGAUCAGCGUAGAUCAGGAAGGUUUCCCGAAGCCAAACUAG